UUUUUUUUUAUUUAUCUAUUCGAUUUUUUAUUAUUAUUAUUAUUAUUUAUUCCAAAGGCAGGACUAUUAUUAUAGAUAGAUUCCAAAUAUAUAUACCACGAAUAUGAAAUCAUGUUUCCCAAUGUUAGUACUUGUGAUGAUGGGUAUAUUGAUCGUGCAUGGUUAUGUGAUUCAACCCACUCCAACACCAUCAACUCCACAAAAACAACAACAACAACCACAAUUAUAUCCUACUGAAGCCCCACAACAUCGACGAUUGGUCAAGCGUGAAUUACAACAGACAUUGGAACUCUAUCAAGACUGGCAUGAUAUAUGCAAUGAUGAUGAUAGUAAUGCCAAGGUGAACGUAGUCAAUCCUUCUUUGCAACAAUUAUGGCAAACCAUCACUACCACUGUGAAUUGUGGUAAUGGAUAUAUCAAGACAAAAACAACUACUAUCACUGCUACUGCCACCGCUACCGUUUAUACUGGCAAUCCUGCUCCUUAUCAAUGUGUUGAUAAAUGUUGGAGUGAUUAUUUAUGGUAUACUUAUGGAUCAAGUAUUAGUGUAGCUCAAGGAUUUACUGGUAUUGUAUUGAUCAUCAUCGGACUUUAUCUUGGUUUGUUUGGAUAUCGUUUCUUCAGACCUACUAUGGGUUUGGUUGGAUUUAUAUUUAUUGCUUCUAUGACUUGGAUUGGUCUUGCCAAUAAUGAACCUGCUAUGGGAUAUCCUCAUCCUGAAAUUGUCUAUAUUUGUGUCAGUAUUGGUCUUGGUAUUAUAGGUGCUAUUGCCUUCAUGUUUAUGUUUAAUGUUGCUCUCUAUUUUGUUGGUGCUGUUGCUGGAUUGUUCUUAGCUGUUUUUAUUAUGUCCUGGAGAGAAUCAUUGGUGAUCCAAGUGAAAGUAGCACGUAUUUGUUUUACAGUUGGUAUGGGUGUAGUGUUAGCCUUUGCAGUCUAUCUAUUGGAAUGUUAUAUAGUGAUCCUUUCUACAGCUUUCUUGGGAGCAUAUCUAUUCAUUAUGGGAUUGGACUUUUUUGCCCAUACAGGAUUUGUCAAUGCAUGGCGCCUUUUAUUCGACUCAAAUCCAAACCAUUAUAAUGCAUAUAUUAUCGAAACACCUACCUAUGUCAUGUUAGCCUUUGUUAUCCUUCUUUGUAUCAUCUCCGCUAUUUGGCAAUACUAUUGGAAUAUUGUCAAACUCAAACGUCGCUUUGGUGUCAAUGUCACAGAAAAGAAAUCCGAAAAAGAAUAACGAUGAUCCUUUUUUUAUAUAUAUAUAAUAUAUUUUAUCCCUACAUGUCUCUUCCUAUUUAUCCAUUCAUCCGACUUCAAUUUAAAUACAUUUUUUGCUAGUUUUCAUCAGCACAGAUUAGUCCCUCCCUCUCUCUCUUUUAUAUAUUUAUAUAUAUAUAUAUAUCUAUAUUAUGAAAUAAAU